CUUUAGUGCCUAAAUACAUUUUUGGGCUACUAUAUGUAUCAAAUGCAUCUAAUACACAAAAAUAAAUAACUGUAUGUCUAUGUCGCGAGUAUAAAUUGUCUAUGAUGAUAUUUACUUUUGUUUGCGGAGCAUGAUUUUUACUGUACUGAUUAUUUCCAAAAUCAACAAUGCCAUAAGAAUGUCAAAUAUGCCAAAACUAAAUGCGUUGAAAUUGAUUGCUGACAUGAAUUAAUGCCCUCUCUCACUCUCUCUACAUUUCUAUAUAUCUCUCUCUAUUAAUCUCCUAUUCACAAAAUAGAGGCCAAAAGAGGCUCUGCCAGCUGCAUGAGAUUAUCUUUUUUUUCUGAUUACAAAUCAACGUCAGCACAGCCCCUAAAUCGUGCAAGAGUGCCAUCCUCUCUCUAUGAGCUCCACCUCUCUUCCUCCCCCAGGCUGAUAUAAGGAUGUCCUGCACUGACUCUGAACACAGUGAGUGAGGGGAGGUCUAGGAAAAUCGGAUGUAAGGGUGAUAAGAGAAAGGAAAAAAAAAAUAACUGAACGGCGGCACGUCUAAGAAACUCACUGAGAAAACAAAACAGAAAAGAUAAGAAAAAGAGGAUAAACUAACACUGAAGAAAUCUGUUUGGAGAAUACCACGUGUGUGUGUGUGUGUAUACAUGUCAGUGUGUGGCUAUUGAUAUAUAUUGAAACAGGUUUGGAUAGAUACAAAGGAUAUUUAAAGCAAAUAAUGGAACCCUUGAGUCCAUCUGAGGGACCUGUGGAACCCAAAGAAAGGAGAAAAAUCCAGUUUGCAGUCCCAGCCACAGAACCAACCCAACUGGACCCACGGCAGGUUGAAAUGAUCCGACGGCGAAGACCCACACCUGCCACACUGUUCAGAGUAGCAGAUCAAACAUCUCCUGAGGAUGAUAAUUCCACCCAUCAGUGGGUUGUAGGGGAAAAUGGUGUCCUCAAACCAAAACGAAUCAACCCAAAUAUCUACCAACCACCAUCAUUAAAAGCCGUUCAACAGAUGGCUGAAGCUCAGAUGCAGAAAUUAGGUGUGUAUCCUCAUGUAGAGGAAGAAGGGGAGGAGCCUAUUCUGAGAGAGGAGGAGGAGCUAUCCUCAUCCCACACACCUGAUUCACAGGAGCAAACGGGCCCGGCGGAUAACCAAUCGGGAAUCCGAAAGGCGAGAGCCACAGAACUGACAGAUGAAGAGGAGGAGGAGGAGGAGAUAGAGGAAGAAACAGACGAUAUGGCCGAGGAGGAGUGCAGAAAGGUGGACUGAGGAUGCAAGACGUUAGAAUGAAAACUUUUGAAUGAAAAAGGAUGCAGAACCUUGUUUGGAAGUCAUAAUUAUUGAUUGUUGAUUUGGUUAUCAGAGGUUUGUUUUCGGAGAGAGAAAAAGACUGAAAAACUGGAAUUUUGGAGUGGUCAAAUAACUGAAAAAGAUUUGGACACCCUGACAUUGCCAUGAAAUAGACAUAUAUAAAGUAAAACCUACAGUAUCACACGUCAUGUAUUUUAAUAUCAUUCGUGUACACAGGCAAAGUGCAAAUGUAUAAUUCUGUGAGCAGUGCUGUAUGAUUGUUUAGAUUGUAGGGCUUUCCCACUCCAAAAGAGUAAGAGACAUGUCUGUGUUCAUAUCAAAGCGAGUGUUAUCCCACAUUCCCUGUAUGUGUGGGUUAUGUGAAAUUAUGUUCAGAAUUGCAUACUACUACUUUUACUAUUUUUACAGUAUAGAGUAUGGUUGUAUGCUAUUCUGUACACAUCGUGUGUGUGUGUGUGUGUGUGUGUGUGUGUGUGCGUGCUUUGUGUGUUUGCAUUGUGUUUGCCUACACUGCCAUCUAGUGUACAGAGAAAUGUUUUAUUGAGUCCUUUAAUCUUUAUGAAAUCACUUGGUAAGAUAAAUAAUAGCUUACUGGUACACAUGGGAAGGACUGACUAAUUAUUUAGGUGCAUUAUUGGUAUUGUUUAGCAUUGUUUGCAAUUAAACCACUAAUAUCAUCUGGACCGCUGCUGUAAUUACAGACUACAUUUCAAAUGGCAGUAUAUUUAGGGCUCUUUCUUACAAAUAAAUAAUGUACGCAAUGUCAUUUUCCAGUUUGAAUCACAAACAAUAAAUCAGUUUUUACAUUCA